AGAACCAAAUUUUAAAGCAAUGCUUCUGCUCAUUGUUUUAGGGACACAUGACGGUUUUCAACUACAUCGACACCGUCAUUGUCUUCGUCGUUCCUUUCACUGCUAUUGUGAUAUUGAAUUCUUUUACGGGAUUCACUGUAUGGAAAGUAGCAGGCGUGCGAAGGAGUAUGACAAUUCAGAAGAGACAGGGCAGCAGUUCACUGCAUGAUUUCCGAAAGUCCCACUCCAACCAUCAACACUGUAUUCACCCAAACGGGCACAACAGCGUCACUGUUUCGCUUCAUCAGAGAUCAACAAAGCAUCGAGUCGCCAAUUCACAAAUUAAAGUCACCAAAAUGCUCCUCAUGGUGUCAACAGUGUUCGUUUGUCUCAAUCUACCCAGUUAUGUGAUGAGAGUCCGUGCAUACAUCGAGACAGCGCCAACGAAAACCACGAUAGUUAUUCAAUACUACAGCUGGCUGUUCUUCAUCACGAAUUUCGGUAUUAACUUCGCUCUGUACUGCGUCAGUGGGCAAAAUUUCAGAAAAGCUCUCGUUGGGAUGUUCAAGAGAGUGUCUCAGCAUCGCCAAGAAGCUAAUACACAGGUAACAGUUUCUGAAUACGUUAGAAGUACCGGUUCAACAGCAUCAAGACGGCGAAUCAUUGCAAGAAAUGAAUCAUUUACUGAUGCCCACGAACUUCGAUUCCUCACAACGAACAUCAAAUAAAAUAGGCCUAAAGCCCACACGAGCAGAGGCGUGUUGAGUGUUUCAAAGAAGAGUUUAGUGACAAGAGAACAUUAGUAAAUUCAAUGGCUGUAUGCUUGGUUUCUCUGCAUCAUGAGUGCAUCUUCAGUGCAUGACUUUCCAAGCAUUGAUAAAUGUAAAUUUUAUUUUAUUAUAACAAAUUUAUGUACAUAAAAGUAUCUGACAAUGAGAGAAUAUAAA